AUCUUCAGUUAACGUCACUUUCUGUCCCUCUCUGCUGUCUCUGUCUCCCAAGCCCUGGUGCCGCUCUUCUGCGGAGCCUGAGACCAGAGGACCUGGCCCGCGCGCCAUGGAACAGCAGCACCUCGCGUCCAGCUCAGCCCUGAGGGACACAGAGGAGCCUGCGUCCUGCUCAGGUGUCAAGGAAGAGGUGACGUCGUGCUCCUUCAACAGCCCUCUGUUCCAGCAGGAAGACAAGAAUGGGAUUACCUACCGGAUCCCAGCCCUGCUCUAUGUUCCCCCCACCCACACCUUCCUGGCCUUUGCAGAGAAGCGUUCCACAAGCAGGGAUGUGGAUUCUCUUCACCUGGUGCUGAGGCGAGGGUUGAGGACUGGACACUCAGUACAGUGGGGCCCCAUGGAGUCAGUGAUGGAAGCCACAUUACCUGGGCAUCGGAGUAUGAACCCCUGUCCUGUUUGGGAUCAGAAGAGAGGCUAUGUGUACCUGUUCUUCAUCUGUGUGCAGAACCAUGUCACUGAGUGUCACCAGAUUGUGUUAGGCAGGAACGCUGCCCGCCUCUGCCUCAUCUGCAGCCAGGAUGCCGGGUGCUCAUGGAGUGAAGUGAGAGACUUGACGGAGGAAGUCGCUGGUUCAGAGAUGAAGCACUGGGCCACAUUUGCCGUGGGUCCGGGUCAUGGCAUCCAGCUGCAGUCGGGGAGGCUGAUCAUCCCUGCAUAUGCCUACUACUUCUCUCACCGGCUCUUUUGCUUCCCAUGCAAAGCCAGGCCUCAUUCCCUGAUGAUCUACAGUGAUGACUUUGGGGUCACGUGGCACCACGGCAGCCCCAUUCAGAACCUGGUGACAGUGGAAUGCCAAGUAGCAGAGGUGACCAGGACAGCUGGUCACCCUGUGCUCUACUGUAGUGCCCGGACACCAAACAGGCGCCGGGCAGAGGCUCUCAGCAGUGAUUGUGGUGAAUACUUUGAGGCACAGUCCUUGAGCCAACAGCUUUGUGAGCCCCCACAUGGCUGUCAAGGCAGUGUAGUGAGUUUCCGGCCUCUGAUGAUCCCAAAUAGAAGUCAGAACGUUAGGGAUAAAAGUGCUCCCUCCGUUCAGCAGAGCCCUCUGCUGGACGGUUUACUGAAACCGGAGGAAGUUGCUGGAGCACCAUCAGAAACAUGGCUCUUGUACUCACACCCAACCAAUAAGAAAAGGAGAGUUGACUUGGGCAUCUACCUUAACCAGAACCCCCUGGAGGCUGCCUGUUGGUCCCAUCCCUGGAUCUUGCACUAUGGGCCCUCUGGCUACUCUGAUCUGGCUGCUGUGGGGGACGAGGGCUUGUUUGGGUGUUUAUUUGAGUGUGGAACCAACCAGGAGUGUGAGCAAAUUGUCUUCCGCCUAUUUACAGACCAGGAGAUCCUGAGCUAUGUGCAAAAAGACUGACCAAUCCUCGUAGGAACCUGUGCCAGUUCAAGACUAAAUAAUUGGCCGAGGGAUCCAGCUUUCUAUAGAAGGGAGAGUGGAGGUUACUGAUGUCUAUAGAGAAUACAAAAGUUUAAUAUUUUACUUCCUAACAUUUUUUACUUCUCCUUCAAAGAGCAAAAUGAAAAUUUUACCAUAGCUAUUGAAUCCUAAAGAUCACUAAACUGGGAGUUUGGAGACCGUGAUGAUGAUCAUCUUGGCUCUGCCACUUGCCUGCUCUAGAACCUUGGACAUGUCACAGGAACUCUUUGGGCCCCAGGCCUCCAUCUGUAAAAUGAGAGGAGUGGUUCUGUCGUCUCUUGUCUUCCCAUUACUAGGAGAGCCAGAGUGUCUACAUGCUCCAUGAUCAGCAAGUUCUGCUGCAUAAAGUCCUCUGAUCUUCACAUAGAAAUCUGAAGAUUUCUCUUUUCAAAUGACUUUUCAUAUAGAUAGGAGGUUACAUACAGGUAUCGAGGCAGAGCUGGAUGGUUUGUUCAUUUUUAAUAAUAAAGUCACUUUUUCCCUUCUGAUUCUGCACUGAGCUCUGCAUGCUCUCGAUCCAAGAGAAAUAGAACAGGACAGUGGAAUCAUGAAGUCACUUACCUUCUCCAGCUUUGCAGCUCUGCUCAACCUUCCCUCUUCACCCAGAAAGUAAAUUUCCUAGGGAGAAAAAUGAGAAACUCAAUGCCAGCAGCCCUUGACUUUGGUGAUUAUUGCUUCUGAUACCAGUACUUUUAUGAAAAAUGAGCCUGAAAUUCAUUUAACCAUUUAGGAUGGUCCCUGUUGCUGGGGGAGGCGCAUAGGUUAGCUCUUUAAAACAUUGGACAAGCUGGGCAUGGCAGUGCUUGCCUGUAAUCCAGCCACUUGCAAGGCUGAGGG